AUGUUUCAAAUGCCAAGGUUGAGGCCUAUGGUUGGAUCUGAUGCGGCUACAGUUGGGGGUCCUAAACCAAAAAAGGUAGUUCAAAAAAAAGAGAUUACGAAAGAACGAGUAACGAGAGAGACUACCAAAUCUCUUCAAAAGCAACAAGUGAAUUUUGUAUAUGGAAAUCCUCUGGUACUUGCCGAGGUUUCUUACUCAUCCCCUUUUGAUGAACCUCCCACAGAUGACCAUGUAGAUGUCCCAUCUCAGGCAUCUCCUGAAGAGCCAUCCACUAACGAGGAUUCUGAAGAGAAUGAGGUAAAGGAUAAUGAACCAGAAGAACCUAAAGAGGAAGCCUCUACAGAACUUCGGUCUCCUACAACUACUAAACCCGCUACUAGUGAAGAAUUUCCAGUAGUAGCCCAGCAGAAUCAAAAACCUGGUGAACAGCCAAAGGUGGUUCCACAGGAUUCAGCUCAUAAAGGAGUAGUUCAUGUUGAUCAACAGGAGAAUAAACCAGAGGCGGUUCCUGAAGUUAAGCCACAAAAACCAGCUGCAAAUCUCCAGGGUAGUGUCAAGAAAGAGCAAGACGAAGCUAAAGAACAACAACCAGCAGCUAAGCCUGUAACUCUGAGUGAACGUGCUAAAAAGGUUGAUUCUACCCUGUUUGAUGUGAGAAAAUCUAGCUCUAACGGAGUGCCACUUUUGACAUGCACACCAAAGCCUGAUAUUGUAGUUACAGAACUCAAGUAUGGAGGCAAUACCAUUUGGGUGGAUGAGGACUCUUCUCUCUCUUCAGCCCUGAUAUAUUUUAAAGGAGAUCAACCAGAAGUUGUAACACUGCAAGCUGAGAAGGAUGGAGAAGAUAGUAUCCUCUUCCUCCAUUAUAACGGUGAAGAGUGGGAACAUAACAGGAGAGAACAUGAGAGGAAACUCUGUGGAUUGAAGGGACUUCCAGUUCCUCAGUCAGCUGGACAGGAUGUUACUUUAGACCUCGCUAAUCCAGAUGACUCGAAUAUUAAUGUAGACGAACAAACUUUUGAUGAAGUCUUACUCAAAAGCUAUUUUCCAAAGAAGGAUCAUCAUAUAUCCUCCGUUGUAGAGAAUGGAGUUACUCUCUGGAAGGCUACUGGAGAUGAAAAAUGUACAUCUGUGCAAUCUCAUGUAAAAGACUCUACUGUAAUGACCAUAGGAAUAAAGAGUGGUGAUGACUUGGAAGCUAAAUUCUUUGAAAAGAAUGGCGGUGUAUGGAAGACUAUUACAGAAGAAGACUUUGAUAAGAAGCUUGGUGAAAUUAGUAAAUAUAGAUUAUCAUCUUCUAAUCCUACUACUUCCACAUUAGCACCUACAAAACCAUCUGGAAACUAG